UGCCGUUUUUGCCUCAGUUGCGUUUUAUCGGUUUCCUGAGGCGCACGGCUAGUGGUUCGAGGAACGAUCUUAUUGUGUCUGUAUAAUUAAUUCACACAGCCGUUUCAUACUAUCUAUCUGUUCAUAGCAGUAUUCUAAUAUAGGCCGGUAAAGAUUAUUUCUUUUUUAACAACACGACAACAAACCAACCGUCAAAAUGUCGCUGAGCACCAGUGCAAAUCUUGUGAAAUAUCUACUUUUUCUGUUCAACUUUUUGUUCGUGAUAACAGGCAUCACGAUUAUGGCCAUCGGGUUAACGGUUCAGGGCGCAUAUCAUAACUUUUCGGAUAUCCUGGAUCCACAAUUUUUCAGCGUUCCCACCUUUCUGGUAGUGAUCGGCAGUCUGAUUUUCGUAAUCGCUUUCUUCGGAUGCUGCGGUGCGUACAAAGAAAACUACUGCAUGACACUCACUUUUUCAGUACUACUGGUGCUGAUCUUCAUCCUAGAACUUGCGGCCGGUAUCAGUGGGUAUGUCCUGCGAAAUGACACAUACAACUUACUAUCCAACACAAUGCGCAGUUCGAUGAAAAAAUAUGGCAACGAAUCUGAAGAAAUCACCAUAAUUUGGAAUGAAAUUCACACCACCUACAACUGUUGUGGAGUCGAAAGCUCGAAGGAAUGGGCGGAAGCGAAUCCAGCUUUGUUUAACAUUUCGUACCUACCCAUGUCCUGCUGUGUGGAACCUCCAGUUUCCAUCGGGUACCGACGAUGUGUGGAUGAGAACCAUCCGGAGCUGUUGCGUUCUUCAGGUUGCAUUGAAUCUUUCGGAAACUACAUCAAGUCGCACGCCAUUAGUAUUGGAGCCGCUGGAAUCGCCAUAGCCGUAAUACAGUUCUUCGGAAUACUUUUUGCCUGCUAUCUGGCAAAGCAGAUAAAACAUUCAGGGUUCUAGUCACAAUUUAAUGUAAAGUGCUAAUUGUUGAUUGAGCGAUGAUUGAAGUGGAAGUGUUUCAAGUGUCGUUACAUGUGUGAAAAUUACGAACGUUUGAACAAUUAUUUUAUGAACUAUGUUUGUCUGUUACGUUUAUUAAUCUUGUUGCCCUCUCUUGCUUCGAUUAGUAAUUUCAGAAAGCGUUAAAUAGGAAAAAAUAAAACCAUAAUGCUUAAGCAGGUAUUAGACGAAGCAAAUAUUUGCUGUUUUUGGUACGCUUUUUAUUUGCACAAAAUUAAAUCUGUAUUGAAAAAUAGCAAAUAUUUGCUUCGUCUAAUACCUGCUUUAGAACAGUACAAUUACUGUGAGCCAGUUAA